AUGGCCCUCCGACUCCCCGCCGCGAUGCGGCCCCUCCGGACCUUUGGACUCACAAAACCGUCGGCGCACCAAGUGCGAUGGCUUGCAACGCCGGCUCACCCAGUCACUCGGGACUCUGGGCGCGGGACGGCCAUGGUCUUCCUCAACAUGGGCGGGCCGUCAACGACCGACGAAGUGGGCGACUUCCUCAGUAGGCUAUUCUCGGACGGCGACCUCAUCCCCCUUGGCCGGCUCCAAGGCUACAUCGGCCCGCUCCUCUCCAAGCGGCGCACGCCCAAGAUCCAGAAACAAUAUGCGGCCAUCGGCGGCGGUUCGCCCAUCCGCAAGUGGUCCGAGCAUCAAUGCGCCGAGAUGUGUAAGAUUCUCGACAAGAUCUGCCCCGAGACUGCGCCGCACAAGCCCUACGUGGCCUUCCGCUACGCGAACCCGCUCACCGAGGACAUGUACCGGCAGAUGUUGGCCGAUGGGUUCGGCAAUGGCCGCGGCGGCCGCGCAGUCGCCUUCACACAGUACCCGCAGUACUCGUGCUCGACAACGGGGAGCAGCCUGAACGAGCUGUGGAAGUGGCGGCAGAGGCUGGAGGGCAAGGCCGGGCCGUUGGACGACGGGAGCGAUGGGACCAUUAAGUGGAGCGUCAUUGACCGUUGGCCGGCGCAUUCGGGCUUGGUCGAGGCGUUUGCCCAGAACAUCGAAGCCAAGUUGCUAGAGUACCCGGCGGAGAAGCGGGACAAGGUUGUGCUGCUGUUCUCGGCGCACAGUUUGCCCAUGACCGUGGUGAACAGGGGCGACCCCUACCCCGCCGAAGUGGCUGCGACCGUCCACGCUGUGAUGAACCGGUUGAAGAACGUUAACCCCUAUCGGCUGUGCUGGCAAUCCCAGGUCGGCCCUCAGCCCUGGCUCGGCCCGCAGACAUCCAGCUCGGUGGAAGACUACAUCGCAAAGGGACAGAAGGACCUCCUUCUCAUCCCGAUCGCCUUCACGUCCGACCACAUUGAAACCCUCUACGAGCUCGACGAAGAAGUCAUCGGCGAAUCAGGUCAUGCCGACACAGUCAAGCGCGUGGAGAGCCUGAACGGCAGCCCGGUAUUCAUCCAGGCGCUCGCUGACCUGGCGAAGUCACACCUCACCAGCGGGAUCGCGUGCUCGACGCAGAUGGGCCUGAGGUGUCCGGGCUGCAAGAGCGAGAGGUGUGCCGAGUCGAAGAAGUUCUUUGCGAGCCAGCAAAUAUAA